GUGAGACUUUAGGAAAAAAAAAAAAACUAAAUAAUCUAGUGGGACUUGGAGUAAAAGCUUCGAUUACAUCCCGACCCGAACCCGGUUCUAAAUAUCUACCCGCCGGCGACAACUCGCGCCGGAGACGAGAGCGCACAACUCAUACAUACACACAGAUACUUACAUUUAUGUAUAUGAGAUAAACAAAGGUUGUUGUUGUUUGGAAUAUAUGGAGAUGAACAAAGCAGAGCAGCCGGUGUUUCUCGACCGCGCGUCUCGAACAACUAGAGGGAAAAGGUUAACGAAGUUGGUUGAUGAUGAGAUAGAAGAAGAUGAACAGUUCUGGAAUCAGGAUGCUCUCAAAGAGGAAGCAGAAGACACAAACUAUCAGGAAGAAGGAGAAGCUGCAGAUGUUUUUGACAGUGACUUUGAUGAAGAUGAACCUGAUCAAGAUGAAGCAGUAGAAAAUGAACCAGAUGAUAGGGUGCGAUCAAGAAAGCGAUUAGUGUAUCCAGGACAUCCAGCGUCCAAAAAGAAACAGAAAAAGAAAGUUAUCUCUGCUCCACAAAGAGAUCCCAACGAUGAACAAGCGCAUGGUAGAUCUACUGAUUAUAAACCUGAUGAUAUGACUGAAGACUUGGAAGUUGAGAGAAGUGUUAGAAAAUCUACAAGAACCUCAGUCAUUGUAAGGCAAGCUGAAAGGGAUGCAAUACGUGCAGCAGUGCAAGCAACUAUGAAGCCAAUAAAGAGGAAAAAGGAAGGUGAGGAAAAGAGGAUGACCCAAGAAGAGAUGCUUCUGGAAGCUGCUCAGACAGAAAUCAUGAACUUGAGGAAUUUGGAACGUGUGUUAGCAAGGGAAGAAGAAGUUAAAAAAAGAGCAGUUGUGCAUAAAGCAGUUUAUAGUGGUCCUCAGAUACGAUAUCUUUCUAAAGAGGGAUGUUCAUAUUUAGAAUUCAGGAAUGGGGCGUCCUUUCACUCAAAGGUUCCUGCAACACCUGUCCCUUAUUCACAGAAGUCUGUCUGUGCAGUUACUGGACUACCCGCAAAGUACCGUGAUCCAAAAACAGGGCUACCUUAUGCAACAAAAGAAGCCUUUAAGAUCAUUCGUGAAAGGGCUUCACAUGAAAAUAAAAACUUUGGGCGGAAAAACGGCGAAGGGGACCUUUGUGACUUACUAUCUAACCAAGGUUUCUCAAGACAAGGAAAGAGAUCAGUGAUUCCAAAUAGCAAGGACACGUCAAGCUUUCGCUUGGUGGCACGUUUCCGUAGAUUUGCGACUCCAGAUAGCCAAGAUUCAGAGUAGCAGGCUUAUCGAUGAACUUUUUGUAAAUUAGAAACUUCUAGGUCCAACCUCUGUUCUGUAUGUGAUAGUCUGAUACAUGUCAUAUGACAAAUCAUUUAUUUCAUAUUAACUUAACAAAAUUAAUAAAAAUCUUUGUAGUAAA